AUGAUUUUUGAACGUGUUUUCUUAUUCAUGCUCAUCGGUUUUAUCGGUAUAAUUGCCGGUUGUCUAGUUCUUUUCGUCGAUCCCUACGACCUUUUAUUUAAAUUUAAAAUAAAUUUAAAACAUCGGGGAGAAAUAUUCGAAUUAUGGAAAACACCACCGGUCGAAUUAUAUUUAAGAGUAUUUUUAUUUAACGUAACAAAUCGUGAAGCUUUUCUAGAAGGAAGAGAAAAACUUAAAGUUAAAGAAGUCGGUCCUUACGUGUACAGAGAGUAUAUGGAACACAUGAACGUGAGUUUUAAUAGUAACGGAACAAUGACGUCAUCUCCAGCACAUCCAUUAAAAUGGGUACCGGAAUUAAGCAAUGGCACAGAAGAAGAUUUGUUAAUAUUACCAAACAUUGCACUUCUGAGUUUUGCAAACGUUAUGCUGGAUAAACCUUAUCUAUCGCGUAUGGCCGUAAAUCUAUGGAUAAGACAAACGGAUUCGAAUCCAUUGGUUCAAAUGACGGCUCGUCAAUUCAUGUUCGGUUACGAAUCGACUUUGGUGACCGUUGGAAAUCGUCUUCUACCAUCUUGGAUAAUAUUCGAUAAACUCGGUUUAAUCGAUAGAAUGUACGAUUUCGAUGGUGACGUAUCAACGUUUUAUACGGGUGAUAACGACUUAUCAAAAUCUGGAUUAUUGGCAACGUAUAAUCGAUCACCGAAACUCCCACAAUGGGAUUUACCAUGCGGAAGAGUUAAUGACAGUUCCGAUGGUACUAAAUUUCCAAGUUUUAUCAAUCCGAACGAUUCCCUAUUGUUUUUCCGGAAAAGUUUAUGUCGUGCAAUGCCGCUGGUACGAGGAAACGAAACAUCUCGAAACAGUUUAAAAGGAUACCUUUAUCAUUUUCCUGAAAAUGCAAUGGAUAAUGGUGCUUCCAAUAUCGAAAAUAAAUGUUUCUGCCGGAAAGGGAAAUGUUUUCCGCGAGGAUUACUCGACGUAACGGAUUGUUAUUACGGUUUUCCUAUCGCUCUUUCGUAUCCGCAUUUUUAUCAAGCCGAUCCGAAAUUAAAAGACGAAGUUGACGGUUGUAAUCCGGAUCCCGAAAGGCACAGGACAUUUUUCGUAGUGCAACCGGAAACCGGAUUACCGCUCGAAGUUGCCGUGAGAAUGCAAAUUAAUAUGGCUUUUGGAGAUUUGACACCGAUGGCAAGAGUUGGAAGAUUUAAAAACAUGGUACUACCACUAUUAUGGACCGAAACGCGUAUGUACGGUUUACCAUCGGAUUUAUCCUUACUUUUUCAAAUGUACAUAAACAUUUUUCCAAACGUACAAAAUGCAAUAAUAUAUUUAUUAUUUUCCGGUGGUGUUAUAUUUUUUUUCGCGGCCAUAAUUAAAUUAUUACGUUCGAAAUCCGUUAUACAGGAAACCGGAACGAGUAAUUACACGAUAAAUUGUCAAACUCAUAAAUUUAAUAAUGCGGACGAAAAAGAAACGAAAUUUAUAAAGAGUCCUCUGUUCAAUUCGAAAGACGUCAUUUCCGAUAUAAUAGACGAAGGAAAACAAGUUAUUUUCGGUAAGAAAAAAAAUAAAAAUUCCGUUAAUAAUUCCGUGUAUAGGGAAACUACGAGGAGGAAAAGUUCAAUAUCGACUUUCGUAUCGCUCAUAACUAAAAAUCAAAAUCCACACAAGGGUAAAACGAAAUCGGAAAUUUACGAUGGUAAAAAAUCAUCGGAUGAUUCGACGGAAGUCACGCUGUUAAACAGUCCGGAAACGUCGGAUAAUAAUUUAAGUCCUAACAACAGUGAAAAAAAUUUAUUUUUCGGUGAAGAUAACACUAAUUUUUCCGAUAACGAAUAUGAUAAUGAUGAUGAUGAUGAUGAUGAUGAAAUUCGAGGAGACGACAACAGUUCGGACGAACCGGAAAUGACUAAAAAAUCAAAGAGUAAAAAAAAUUUCGAAAUAUUUGAUGUCGAUUUGAGUUUGUUAGACAGUCUUAAAGAAGAUAUCGUCUGA